GGAGGAACAGAGUGCUGGAUCUGAGGCUGACGGUUUAUAAAGGAUUAUGGGAUUAUACCCUAAAGAGACAGCAGGUGGAAUGCCUGAAUGACUGAAGAAAAUGGGUGCUAAUGCAUCUAACUACCCUCAUUCGUGUUCCCCAAGGGUAGGGGGAAACUCACAGGCACAACAGACAUUCAUAGGAACGUCAUCCUACUCUCAUCAAGGCUAUGGCUGUGAAUCAAAACUCUAUAGCCUUGACCAUGGCCAAGAGAAACCUCAAGACAAGAAAAAGAAAACCUCCAGUCUUGCCACCCUCAAAAAGAAAUUUAUUAAACGAAGGAAGUCUAGCCGAUCGGCAGAUCAUGCCAAACAGAUGCGAGAGCUCCUCUCGGGCUGGGAUGUCAGAGAUGUCAAUGCAUUAGUAGAAGAAUAUGAGGGAACCUCAGCCUUAAAGGAACUUUAUCUACAAGCCAAUUUGGCAAGACCAGAAACCAGGACGCUACAGAAAGACAUGGCUGAUCUGUAUCAGUACAAGUACUGUACUGACGUGGACUUAAUAUUUCAAGAAACUUGCUUCCCUGUGCAUCGUGCGAUAUUAGCAGCAAGGUGUCCAUUUUUUAAGACGCUGCUUUCUUCCUCACCAGAAUAUGGUGCAGAGAUAAUAAUGGACAUUAACACAGCUGGCAUUGACAUGCCUAUGUUUUCCGCUUUGUUACACUACCUUUAUACAGGAGAGUUUGGGAUGGAGGAUUCAAGAUUCCAAAAUGUUGAUAUCCUUGUGCAGCUUAGUGAAGAAUUUGGAACACCAAAUUCCUUGGAUGUUGAUAUGCGUGGGCUGUUUGAUUACAUGUGUUACUAUGAUGUGGUUCUUAGCUUCUCAUCCAACUCUGAAUUGGUUGAAACUUUUGGUGGAAGUCCAAACUGCUUAGAUGAAGAGCUCAGAGCUCACAAAGCUAUUAUUUCAUCACGGUCCCCAUUUUUCCGACACCUACUGCAGAGGAGGAUACGGACUGGUGAAGAAAUUACUGAUCGAACUCUACGGACUCCAACUAGAAUUAUACUGGAUGAAUCUAUCAUACCAAAAAAAUAUGCUAAGGUCAUUUUGAACUGUAUGUAUACAGAUGUGGUGGACCUUUCGGUUUUGCACUCCAGUCCCUCAGUGGGGAGUCUAAGUGAAGUUCAGGCUCUUGUAGCAGGAAAACUAAACAUGACUAGGGCUGAAGAAGCUAUGGAGCUUUACCACAUAGCACUGUUCUUGGAGUUUAACAUGCUUGCUCAAGGCUGUGAGGAUAUUAUUGCUGAAAGCAUCUCACUAGACACCUUAAUUGCCAUUCUCAAGUGGAGUUCACAGCCAUAUGGUUCCAAGUGGGUACACCGUCAAGCACUGCAUUUCCUCUGUGAGGAGUUUACCCAGGUUAUGACUUCAGAUGUUUUCUACGAGCUGAGCAAGGACCAUCUGCUGACUGCUAUCCAAUCUGACUACUUACAGGCAAGUGAACAAGAUAUCCUUAAAUACCUUAUUAAAUGGGGAGAACAUCAGUUGAUGAAGAGAAUAGCAGACAGAGAGCCCAAUUUACUGAGUGGUACUGCCCACAGCGUGAACAAACGGGGUGUAAAGAGGAGAGAUCUUGAUAUCGAGGAGCUGAGAGAGAUCCUGUCUCCCCUUCUACCUUUUGUCCGCAUUGAGCACAUCUUACCCAUGAAUAGUGAAGUACUCAGUGAUGCUAUGAAGAGAGGUCUCAUUAGCACCCCUCCUUCAGACAUGCUGCCAACAGCAGAAGGUGGCAAGUCAAAUGCUUGGUUACGACAGAAGAAUGCUGGAAUAUAUGUGAGGCCAAGACUGUUUUCACCAUAUGUGGAGGAGGCAAAGUCAGUGCUAGAUGAGAUGAUGGUGGAACAAACAGACUUAGUCCGCUUGCGAAUGGUCAGAAUGUCCAAUGUACCUGACACCCUCUACAUGGUGAACAAUGCAGUGCCACAGUGCUGUCAUAUGAUUAGCCACCAGCAAAUCAGCAGUAAUCAGUCCAGUCCUCCUUCAGUUAUAGCUAAUGAAACCCCAGUCCCCAGCCUGCUUGUUGUUAAAGAGAUGAUCAAACGGCUCCAGGAGCUCCGUCAUACUGAGCAGGUGCAGAGGGCAUAUGCACUCAAUUGUGGAGAAGGUGCCACAGUUAGUUAUGAGAUUCAGAUUCGUGUUCUGCGAGAGUUUGGACUUCCAGAUUCGGCUGCUGAACUUCUGCAGAAUCCUCACAAGUUCUUUCCUGAUGAGCGGUUUGGGGACGAAAGCCCACUUCUGACAGUGAGACAGUCUGGACGAUGUCGAGUCAACAGCACUCCCACUACAGAAACAGUGUUUACAGAAUUUGACUCUUUUGUGGCCUUCCAUCCACCAUUGCCCCCUCCUCCACCUCCCUACCAUCCACCAGCUACUCCUAUUCACAACCAGUUCAAAGUGGGCUGGAAACAAAGGGUGCCGAGUCAACACCCUUCACGUUCAUUUUCUUAUCCAUGUAACCAUUCACUCUUCCACUCCAGGACAGCUUCCAAAGCUGUUCCACCUGUCUACCUACCUGGUGUGAAAGCAGCACCACCUGAUUGCACUAACACUACGGGAUUGGGGAGGCAAACAGUAGCUGCAGCAGCAGCAGUAAUGGCAGCAGAAAAGCAAGCAUGCGCUCAGCCCAUGUUAAAUGAGUUGAUGCCCGAUAUUGCUAUGGGUGUGUCAACAAUGUCUCUGAAGGACAGAAGGCUGCCAGAACUUGCUGUUGACACAGAGCUAAGCCAGAGCAUUUCAGAGGUAGGACCAGGUCCAGCACCACACAUUUCCUGUAUUCAGACCAGGCACAUGCACAGUUCUCGAAAGAAACAUGCAAUAGAGCAAAAAAUAGAUGCUCGAGAAAAUCAACAGGAGUAUCCAGACUUCUAUGAUUUCUCUAAUGCUGCAUGCAGACCUUCCACUCCAGCACCUAGCAGACACACUCCUUCACCUUCACAAGGCAUGUAUUUUGGUCCAGAUUUGUAUAGCCACAGUAAGGCAUCACCAAGUGGCUUAAAGUCGGCCUACCUACCCUCCCAGAUAUCUCCAAAAAAACAAGAGGAUUCCAGGAGAGAAUAUGUGCUCUCCCAAGAUGGGCAUCAACACAGACAAAAGAAUGAGCCAAUACACCUCGAUGUCUUAGAACAACCUCCCCAGCGACUGGACUUGGCAUUGGCUGCCCAGGAAAAUGCUGGUAAUGGCCCAGUUCACAUCAGGGGAAGAACAAAAAUGGAAACUGACUUAACAUAUGGGCUAACAGCUAACAGACCUUCACUCUCUGCAUACACCUCUGAGAUGCAAGAAGAGCGAGCUGGUAGGAGACUGGCAGAUGAUGAGCCUCUGGAACAUGGAGCACAGAGAAAUACUGACUUGGAAAGGGAAGAGGCAGUAAGCAGAGGAAGGAGGUCUCCGAGCAAACCAGACUUCCUAUACAAAAAAUCUGCCCUCUGAAAGCAACCUCCACUAUUUCUCUGUGCCUAAGAGUUGUAAACCACCCCAUUCUUUCCAACUUUUGGCUGGAUAUUUUUCAGUCAAAUUCAUGAAUGCCAGCACAUAAUUCAUUUUUGUUUUUCUUUUAAUACGUUCUUUGCUUUAUUAGAGAGAGCAUGCUGUCAGUUUACUUUGGAUGCUGCUUCUGGGUUAUUUUGUGAUUUGAGCAAAUUUUUAAUUAAGCCUCCUUU